CGAAUUGCAGUUCGUUGGCGCAUGGUUUACGUAAAAGCCGCAUCUAUCGCUGGAAAUAUUACUUAAAAUUAGGUAUCUAAGCUAAAAAUUUAACAUAAAACCAUGUCCAGCGCGCUGACUCGCUUGUUGGAGCGCCUGCCACUGAAGAAACAGACGGCGCAAAGCGGUAUCCGUGUUUUUUCCAACCAGGAGCAGCAGCAGCAAGAAAUUGAGGAUGAUGAAGAAUUCCGAGUGCUCAGCCUGCGGACGGUGAAGCAGCAGUUCCAGAAGCGCCAGCAGGUCCGCCGGGAUCCCAUCACACCGCCGCGCACUGGCCGCAUGGCGGUGGAUCAGGACUGGACGGCCGUUUGGCCAGGACCACGUUCGUUUCACCCGGCCAGUGUGCCUCUGCCACUGCGGCAGGGCUUCACUGAACGCGGAGCAGCAGCCCCGUCGAAAUUCGCCAAUGCGGAGCUGAUGAAGAUACCCAACUUUCUGCACUUGACACCGCCGGCCAUCCGUCAGCAAUGCGAGGCAAUCAAGAAGUUCUGCACGCCAUGGCCAAAGGGUUUGGAGACGGAGGCCAAGUGGCAGCGACACUUCCCCCUGGAGGUCACCACCACGGACUACUGCCAGAGUUUGCCCACGAUCAGGAAUCCGGAAGCCAGGCGCGUCACCAUUAGCCUGAAGCUCUCUGACCUAGAGUUCGAUGCGCACGCCAGGGAUAAGUUCCUGCGCCUGGUGGGCGAUCGCUACGACAAGGACACGGACCUCGUUACCUUCGUCACGGAUCGCUGUCCGCAGAAGAAGCAGAACUACGACUACGCCCUGUAUCUACUCACCGCUUGCUAUCACGAAUCCUUUGUCACCGAGCCCUGGGAGGCCACCAAAUCGGAGGCCGAUAUGGAGGUCUAUCUGUUCGAGCGCAACCAGUCGAAGCUCUCCGCCGAGGAAAUCCUCAACUGGAACGCCAAGGAGGGUGCUCCAAAAGUGGUUCCCAGCAAGUCCUUCGCUGAUUGUGUGGAGCAACUGAUAAACGAGGGCGAAAACGAGUACAACUUGGGCAAAUACAAGGAGGAGGUGAAGAAGAUGUUGAACAUUGCCUAGGAAACUGGAUAGUUGAGUGAACCAAUAAAGCGAGAAGUUGUUAACAAAUAA